AUGCUAGCUGAGGCAGAGGAACGGGAUCAGUUAUGGAUCAAGGGUUUACACAAGAAGCCUCGCGGUGAAUCUCUGUCAUCUUUUGGGAAUCAGUGGAAAAAGGCUAAGGAUCAGCCCGGGAGUGAUUUGUCACCAUUGUUAGCAGUUGGGGCAUAUCAAGCAUUGCCACAGGUCGAUACCUCCGUUGGGACUUCUAUAGUUCGAGGUAUCUUUCCAGUUUUCAGUUCUUGGGCUAGAGUUCUUAUUGACAUGGGUGCAUCACAUUUAUUCAUAUCUGCUUCAUUUGGACAUUCUUUGGGUCUGGAGGUUAUGCAGCGGGAUAGUUUCCUUUGUGUUGACACACCAGUUGGGGGUCCAGUGUCUUUAGACCGUAUUUGUCAGGGUUGUGCUAUCAAGAUAGCUGGGCGGACUUUAGAGUUUGAUUUCGUCAUUUUUAAUAUGACGGGCUUUGAUGUCAUUCUCGGGAUAAACUGGUUGUCUUUCUUUUGUGCUAUGAUUGAUUACUUCCAUGGGCGAGUGUCUGUUUACACUCCCAUGGGAGAUUAUUUUCACUUCGUGGGAGAUCGGAGCGAUUCCCACUCAAUAAUGAUUUUCAGUAUCGGUGACUAG